AUGGUGGGAGCAACUCUAUAUUAAUGCAAGACUGAAGGGGAGGAGCCGUUACACAUGUGCAAGACUGAAGGGGAGGAGCUGGUACACCUGUGCAAGACUGAAGGGGAGGAGCCAGGACACCUGUGCAAGACUGAAGGGGAGGAGCCGGUACACCUGUGCAAGACUGAAGGGGAGGAGCCAGGACACCUGUCAAGACUGAAGGGGAGGAGCCAGGACACCUGUGCAAGACUGAAGGGGAGGCUGGAGCAUCAGUAUUGGGAUCCUAAAGGAGAGGAGCCGGUACACCUGUGCAAGACUGGAGGGGAGGAGCCAGUACACCUGUGCAAGACUGAAGGGGAGGAGCCGGUACACCUGUGCAAGACUGAAGGGGAGGAGCCGGUACACCUGUGCCAGACUGGAGGAGAGGAGCCGGUACACCUGUGCCAGACUGGAGGGGAGGAGCCACUACACCUGUGCAAGACUGAAGGGGAGGAGCCGGUACACCUGUGCAAGACUGGAGGGGAGAGCCAGUACACUGGCAAGGGGAGGGGAGGAGCCGGUACACCUGUGCAAGAC